AUGCCGCCAAAGAGCGCCUUGAAACGCCCAGCUGCCACGGUGUCACCGGCUGAAGAGGCAACUGCGCCCAAGAAGCAAUGCCUGAAGCCGCCGGCGGACGUGGACUCGGUGUUGAGGGAGACGCUUGGGAGUCUCAGGUCAGGGCUGGCAGGGAAGCCAAGCUAUGCAGCUCAAGUGGCCGCGCUACAAUCAGCUGCUGCUGAGCUGAUGAACAGCUGGGACCUGUGGAUUGCAGAGAAAGCUUUUCGCAUUGCCGAAGUGGAGGCAUAUUUGCACAGCCCGCAUCAUGCUGACCCGUAUGCCCAUGGGGACGAAGGGCAAGCAAGUUGUGGCGUGUGGUACUUCCACAGAAAGGGUGGCACCUACAAAAGCGGGAGCUUCAAAGGAAUGGACUUGGCAUGCGGGGACAAAGAGCAGAACGUGUUUGCCGGUCUGCUAGUCCGAGCUGUGAUAGACUCUUCUGACAAGUUGAUCGAAGGGCCUUGCUUGGUCGUGGACAAGAUCUUGGAGCUAAAUGGCAAAGAAUCCAUUGCUGCCUUUGCAGCAGGGCGAAGUGCCGCAGAACUUCCUGCUGCCAGCACCGAAGGACUGCGUUUGGCACCAGCACUUGAAUCCCGCUCAGACCACGUCCGUUGCUCUGCACGUGUUGGCUUGGUUCUACGUGAGGAAGCAGAGAAUGCUCUGAAGGGUCCGAAGACUCACAUGCAUGGUCGGCCUGUUGAGUUUUGCACACGACCCUAUCGCUUCUCAACAGCUGCUUCACGCUUGACCAAGUAUAGGAGUGGCUUUGUGGCCACCGCCCACUUGUCAGGUACUUUGGAUGGGGACAAACUUGGGCUCUCGGCUCAGAACUUCUCCAAGUAUGUGAAAGCUGCAGAAGCAGGAAGGUCCAGAGGAGAUCCAUCACAGUGGGUCAACAAGAAAAUCAGCACACAGCCUGAGCUUUGCGAGCUGAUCGGCGUUGGCUGCAUCAAUGGCCUGGCAUGCUGUCAAGCUUUGCACCACAGCUGGGCCAAAGCACUUCGUCGUGCGAAAGACAUGCUUUGCACAGCUGAACUUUUGCCUUUGCGACCGCUUUGCAAAGACAUGUUCACCAACAUUGGAAGCUUCGAGAAGAUUACUCUCAGAUGCGAAGAACUUUUGAUUAUGGCUGCGGAUCCAUUGAAUGAGUGUGUAGUUGCAUCCGCCCUGUUGCAGAGAGGAGUAGAACCCGGCGUUGUGUCAGAUGACAAUGAACUGUACCAUAUCAGAAUCAGCAGGCUCAUGCUUCGCUGCUUGACUUUGCUACAACGUCUUGUCGGCAAGUUGUUGGAAGUUGAUGAGACCUGUACGAGAGCUGUGGGAGAGUUGCAAUGCCUGGACUUUGAGGUGAGAACUGGCCGAUUGGUGUCAUACCAUUCCUUUGCAGAGCAGGCGCGCGCCGCAGCUGUACAGGCUUUUUCUGAAUUAAGCACACGAGGACGGCUUGACAUCCUGAAUGACUUCGAGACAGACCUGAUCUGCAUCAAUGUCGGGGAAGUAGAAUAUGCCAGGUUUUGCUUGCUGGAUUUAUCCGGCAAAGCAGUUUCCAUGGAAGCCCUCCUCACGGUUGAGUAUGGUGACAGCGGUGAAUACAGUCCUUCUUUUCAUCGGCUGAACCGGCGAUGGCUUUGGGCAGAGCUUUGGCUCGAGCAAGAUGGCUUCGAGCUGUGCUCAGUGCAACGGCUGCGGCUGGAGGCUCAGACCUCACCUUCGGGCAGGCAAGCGUUCUUUCAAGUACGAAUCGCAUGUGGAGCUCUCACGCAAGAGACGUCCAAGUUCCUUGCAGCGAUGGACAAAAACUGCGAGUUGAAAGUUGCUUUACGCGUUGAUUGGCCGGUUAUGGCAAAAGUUCCACUACAACUCAAAGCGUGUGAAGUGUGUCUUCAUUGUUUGGUUCCACUUUCGUGA